AUGCUUUUCAUCACACUUCGCCGAAAUCCGAAUGUUGGUGGCACGACACCCAGUGGUGGAACGGCGGGCUCGGCGGGAACGGGAAGCACUGGCAGCGGAGGCACAACCUCUAGUGGUGCCACAACUGGUACUGGAACUGCAGGUAGUGAAGGUACAACAUCGAGCGGAGCGACAGCCGGUUCGACAGGUACUGGAACAACAUCGAGUGGUGAAACUGCAGGAACUGGAACCACGGGUACAGGUGGAACAUCGGGAUCUGGAGGAACAGGAACUACUGGCACUGGAGGCAUAAUGUCUAGUGGUGGAUCCACUGGAACUGGAACAACGAGUAGUGGUGGAACGGCAGGAUCUACAGGAACUGGAACCACAGGUAGUGGAGGAACAACUGGCACGGGAGGCUCCUCACCAAGUGGUGACAAUUCAGGAACAGCUGCUACUGGAAGUGAAGGCACUGCUAUGUCACAUAGAGCCCCAAGCGGUGGCACGACACCCAGUGGUGGAACGGCGGGAACGGGAAGCACUGGCAGCGGAGGCACAACCUCUAGUGGUGCCACAACUGGUACUGGAACUGCAGGUAGUGAAAGUACAACAUCGAGCGGAGCGACAGCCGGUUCGACAGGUACUGGAACAACAUCGAGUGGUGGAACUGCAGGAACUGGAACCACGGGUACAGGUGGAACAUCGGGAUCUGGAGAAACAGGAACUACUGGCACUGGAGGCACCAUGUCUAGUGGUGGAUCCACUGGAACUGGAACAACGAGUAGUAGUAAAACAGCGGGGUCUACAGGCACUGGAACCACAGGUAGUGCAGGAACAACUGGCACAGGAGGCUCCACACCAAGUGGUGGCACAUCAGGAGCUGCUGGUACUGGAAGUGCAGGCACUGCUGUGUCACAAGGAUCUCCAAGCGGUUUCACGACACCCAGUGGUGGAUCGGCGGGCUCGGUGGGAACGGGAGGCACUGGCAGUGGAGGCACAACGUCUAGUGGUGCCACAACUGGUACUGGAACUGCAGGUAGUGAAGGUACAACAUCGAGUGGCGCGACAGCCGGUUCGACAGGAACUGGUACCACGGGUACAGAUGGAACAUCAGGAUCUGGAGAAACAGCAACUACUGGCACUGGAGGCACCAUGUCUAGUGGUGAAUCCACUGGAACUGGAACAACGAGUAGUGGUGGAACGGCGGGAUCAACCGGCACUGGAACCACAGGUAGUGCAGGAACAACUUGCACGGGUGGUACACCGACUGGAAUAUUAACAGCAACAACACCAAUGCCAGCAAUGAGCACUACUCCAACUACCGGAACACCAACAGAAUCUGGAGCUCCUGGACUUAUAUCACCAUUAAUAGAUAUUGUAGUGGAUUUGGGCCUUUAUCUCAAUUUCCCAAUGGAAAGUUCAGACUCAACAGAUGGUUUACCUCCAGACAUUCUAGAAAAAAGUUUUUCAGAAAUUGUGGACAUAUUAAUAGAUUUAGAAAACAGAGGCAUUACACCAAGCAUGAACAUCGAAGGGGCUAUGGCCUAAGAAGCAAUUCAAGACCAGGAAGACAUUCAAGUACUAAGAAUUUUUUCUGAGGCUUUUAUCAUGUGCUAGGACAGAUGUGAAAAAAAAUAUUGUACUGGAUAUAGAAAAUAAUUAUUGGCAACAAAUAUAUUUAUAUAUGUAGACUGAAAUUGCAAUUCACAAAGGAUUUAUCUUUACUAUGCUUCAAGAAAGAAGAAAAUAGAAAGAAUGAAGCCUGAAAUCAUCUUCGAGCAUAAGAAGAUAUGAGAAGAAAUAUUUUCGUACAAUAUUCAAAGAUUUAUAACGGGCUUUGAAUCCAAAAUAUGUUUUAAAAGAACCUUUUGGAAAUAUGUUUAGCAAUUAUAUAAAAAUGCUAAGCUGUCAAAAGUUUCAUUGUCUAUUUAAGAUGUUUUAAUUAAAAUUCAUUACACUGGGCUUCUCUUCUAUUGUAGUAAAAAAAAAUGAAAUAUUUUGAAACACUCAUAUUAAUGUCUUCAGUUCUUGCCACUUAUA